CUUGGAGAAUAUAGUGAAAAUUCACCGUUACUGUAUUUUCUAAUUGAAGACACUGCUAUAUGGAGCCUAUCUUGCAUCACGGUCUUGGAUAUCUUCCCCCCAGUUUCUGAUGAAGAACAAUCAGUAGUAUAUGUUCCAGGAAUUACUACAGAAGGAAAUACCAGAUCAAGACACAAGUUGACAAGUCAAAAAGCUGAUGUUAAAGUCAAGACUUCCAGGGUGACUGAUACUUCAAUCUCCAUGGAGUCUUUAAAAGGUGCAGGUGAUUCUGUAGAUGAACAGAAUUCCUGCAGGGGAGAAAUAAAGAGUGCAUCACUGAAGGAUUUAUGUCUUGAAGACAAAAGACGCAUUGCAAACUUGAUUAAAGAACUGGCCAGAGUAAGUGAGGAAAAGGAAGUGACAGAGGAACGACUAAAAGCUGAGCAGGAAUCAUUUGAGAAGAAGAUCAGGCAGUUGGAAGAACAGAACGAACUGAUCAUCAAAGAAAGGGAAGCUCUUCAACUACAGUAUAGAGAGUGCCAAGAACUUCUAAGCCUCUAUCAGAAAUAUCUUUCGGAACAGCAGGAGAAGCUCACCAUGUCACUCUCAGAACUUGGUGCUGCUAAAAUGCAGGAACAGCAGGUAUCCAAUAGGAAAAGCACUCUCCGGUCUUCAUCUAUGGAACUGGAUGGUUCCUAUUUGAGUGUUGCCAGACCACAAACCUACUAUCAAACCAAGCAGAGACCUAAGUCUGCAAAUCAGGAUUCAGUUUCAGAAUCCUUUAUGGAGUUUAGGAAUAAUUCUUUGAAGCCAAUAACCCUUCAUCAUUCCAAAGAGGGUUUAAAUAGGGUGCCAUCAGAGACCAGAACAUGUAAUUAUGAAUCUCCAGGGAGAAAACCAGUGGAUGCAGUCCCAACAGAAAAAGCUCUACCAGAAGAACUGAAGAUGAAGGAAUGUCCACACCUUAAGCCUAGUCUAACUAGUCAGUGUUGUGGUCAUAGACUUUCUGAAGAUGCAUAUCAUGUUAAUGAGAGCCAUCCUACAAACAUAGCCCCUCAACAUCCUAAGACACAUGCAGAAUCCUGCAGUUAUUGUGGCCUUUCUUGGACAUCUGUGAUGCAUGGUGGAAGGACACUGCAACCCAGUGAAACUAAUAUCAAAAAGCAGCUCUCAGAAGAUAGGAGGCAGCAACUGAUGCUUCAGAAAAUGGAGCUGGAAAUUGAAAAGGAGCGCCUUCAGCAUCUGCUGGCCCAGCAGGAGACAAAGCUUCUCCUAAAGCAGCAGCAGCUUCACCAAUCUCGACUGGAUUAUAAUUGGUUAAGAACUCAAGCUGUGUUUAAAUCGAGAGAACUAGUUGCUGACAAAGAGCUCACGAAAGCCCAAGAACUCAAUGUGGAUAUGAAUGGGAGUGACUGUGUACCAAGUUUAUUAAAGUCAAAAUGCAAUGGCUGGCUGCUUGGAACAUCACCAUCCAUUAAAAAGCACCAAGACUCCCCGAGCAGUGGAGAGAACAGGAGGGAGAAGAUAGUUGGGUUCCAGUCACAUAUGGAAGAUGAUGCUCUGGGGAUGUGUCAGAAGAAAGAUACAUACAGAUCCCCAAAAGAGACAAUAACAGGAGUUAGAAAAGAUGCAUCCACAUCUCCUAUGCCAACAGGAAGCCAAAAGGAGCUUGUGACCACAGCCUCAUCAUCAUUCCAACACAACACCUCCCGAUAUGAGACAUCUCUGCUGGAUUUGGUUCAGUCUCUGAGCCCAAAGUCUGCUCGCAAACCUCAAACCCACCCUUCCAGAGAAGCUGGGGCCUGGAAUCACAGUACUUUCCGACUCAGUCCUCCAAAAUCCAUCUGGAAGAAGAUUGGGAUGUGCAGGACCCCUGAAGACCUGGAGGAGAAUCAAAUUCUGGAAGAUAUAUUUUUCAUUUGACACUAAAGCACAUGCUGCAAAAUUGCUAUAGGAGAUUUGUGGGUUUCUUCACAUACUGAUCUAGAAUUUUAAAUUAUUUGAUUGCAAAGUAAUUGUAUCUCUCCUUUCACAAAGACCUAUCUCACUAGCAUCCUGUUAUGUAUUGAAUAUAGAAAUCAUUCUAACAACCCAAGGUGUUUUCAAUCAGACCAAUCAGUAGAUAACACACUAAGGUGGGUGAGGGUGGGGGGACGGAAUCUUUUCUAUGCCAAACAGAGAUUAGAAAAUUAACAUAGGAUACUUUCUGCAUGGCAGAGACCAUUGCAUAUUCAGUCUUAUUUCAAGAGUGUUUCUUUCUCAAUCUUCUGCUGAAAAAGGUUGGCUCCCUUUUAUACACAAGGAAAAACCUUUCCACUGAAAGAUCCCUCAAAUUUAAAAGUAGCCCCUUGGCAACAUAAGCAAUUUCAGAAAUACACUUUUCCAACCUGUUCUCUCACCACUACCUCUAAGUGGUCAUUUAAUUCUGAAGUUGGCGUUGAUGCCCCUCCGUCCCAAGCAACACUUGAGGGCCAAUUGUGGGCCAGUCUCAGUAGUCAUCAGCCUGGCAGCUGCUCAUCCUGUAACCAAAGGGCUCAGUAGGCAAAGACCCAACGAGUCCUUGGAAACAGACAGCAUUAAAUCACAUAAGGGAGUGAUUACGCUGGGGAAAUCCAGUGGAGGCAAAAGCCUGAAACACUUUCCCUACUAAUGUUCCGGUGACCAUGCUUCUAAUUUCCCAGGAUGAAUAAGAGCAAUCUCUAGGUAUUUCUUUUGGACCCAAGUGUCCAGUUUAUUUACUCUCCAUCACAUGUGCUCUCGUGACCUUCCCAUGGUUGUGCCUGGAGAAGAUGCCACUAGAGGGAAGGUGACAUCCAGCUGCUGCAGGCUGAUAGGCUUUCUUUGGCCCUCCCUCGCACUCCAUGAGGAUUAAAGGCCAUGGGCUGACCAGGCCCUGCAUGUGUUCUGCUCAGGGCCACUAACCCCAUGGCCCAAAGAACCAUCUCCACUUGCCAGAUUAAUCUCCACCACCCCAAGCAGGGUCUCCUCCCUUUUCCCACUGGGCCUCACUUUGACCCAGAGAAAGCCUCUGGAGGAAGUACAGUUGAGACCUCUUUCUCUCUUCUGUCUUCCUGUUCAGCAGAGUCUUCAAAUGGGUCCUUCAGCUUGCAGUGGGCUCUAGCAGCCUCUCAAGCUGAGGGGAAGUGUGAUGAGCCCGGGAGAGCCAGUGAGUUUAAAACUCUGCAGUCAUUGGAAGCAAGGGAAAGAUAUGUUUCCAGAUGUGUAUGACUGGAUGACUUUAUUCAAUCUGGAGGGUGUUGCUUUUUUUUCUCUCUCUCCUUUUUACCAACCCUGGGCUUAAACUGGGAGCAAAACUUUGUCAGUUAGCAUUGGUAGCCAAGGUUAGGCUACCCAGGGCAGCCUGCACAUAGCCUACGUGGCUUCCCUGAAUUCUUUAUUUAUGAAAACUAGAUUAUUUCAGACUAGAAAAACCUCGUUGAGCAGCCUCCCUCGCCAGAUAGAUCCAAAUCUCAUGUCUCUUCAGGCUGAGCCUGGCCCUGUCACCUCCACCCAGCCUUCCUUCACUUGGGUCUUUUUAUUCUUUAGAGAAGAGUGGGGCCUACCAAUAU